CUUGCCCGCGCGGUAGAGAGAGAGAGGUGUAAACUUUUUUCAGGCGCUCGCUGUACUCUACCAUCAUCUCAUCUGCGUCUCUAACACGAGAGGAGAGAGAAACACAGUGAAGGAAACAUGACAUAAAUUGUUUGAUUUCGCAGAAGAACUGAGGCUAGGUCACCAUGGCCAUGUAAACAGAAGAAAGACAGAGUAGAUUUAUAUGUGCAACCAUAUGACGCUUCCAUGUGUCAAGCCAUGAAGCAGGUGUCACUCUUCUCCCAAACAAUCCCUCCCCAAUAUUUCUAAUUCCUCUCUCUUCUCUCUCUCUCCAUGGAUUCUCAGACCAUGACAAGCCCCAUCUGUCUUUCGCCUCCCCCACAAGAGAGCGACCCCCUCUUGCUUAAACCAGUGGAUUGGCUCAUCGACCUUCUCUCUAUACACCUCAACUUCAUUUCCCAUUUCUUCUCUGCAAUUUCAUCCACAUUCUAUGCCUUCUUAUCCAUGGUUCUCGAGUUCUUUCACUCGAUUGGUGAGGCCAAACACAAGGCUGAAGAGACCGCUCACCAGGAACUUGAAGCCGUUUCGAGAGCUCCCUUGGCCGUGGCUGAAGGUGGGGGUCUAUUUGCAAAGAAGCUGGUUUUUGGCUGCUUGGGGGCCACUUAUGUGUGCUCAAUUCUCGUUUUGCUCCUGGUUUUUUCUGUGCUUUUGGGAGUUGGGUUUGUUAAUCUUUGGGUUGAAGAGCCUGUGGUGGUUAAGAAGAACCUCUAUUUUGAUUAUACUCAGCCUCACCCUGUUGCUGUUGUCUCUGUUGAUGAUUUGGGGAAUUUCAAGAGUUUGGUUCGUGGGAAGAGAGCUAUACCUGCUGGUCACACCUUCUUUGUCUCUGUGGUUCUUGUAUUGCCGGAGUCUGAUUUGAAUAGGAAUUUGGGCGUUUUUCAGAGUUAUCUCAAGCAAAAGAGUUGUCAAAAGUUUUUCACUACAUUCUUUAAUGUGGUCAUGAGAGGCUUUCAUCAGUUAACUGCAGAGAUCCUCUCAGUAAAUGGGCAGAUGCUAGCCCGGUCAAGCCAGCCAUGCAUGCUCCGAUACCGCAGUGCCCCAAUCCGCCUUAUGCACACCUUCCUGAUGGGCCUGCCCCUCCUUGUGGGCCUACUCGGUGAGACCCAAAAGCUUGUUAUCCCUGUUCUAGAAUACAACGAAGAGUCAGGCCCUGCUACAAGGGCCAUCAGGGUAACUCUACAGCCAAGGACAGGGACUACAAACGUACCCGAGCUUUACUCAGCUGAGAUUCGUGUGAACUCUCGGCUCCCAUUGUCCAAACAAGUUGUACAUAAUUGGAAGUGGACGUGCUAUGUAUGGGCCUCCUUAUAUACCUACACAUUGCUUCUAAUAAUCACUAUGUGUUGUUGCAAGAGGGUGGUUAUGGGGGGACCGAUGCGCCUGACUCGGGGCCCAACAGAGGAAUUGAGACCCGGGGGACAUCAGGUUUCUGGUGACCUUUCAGAGCCGUUACCACCAAGUGAAAAAUUUUCCAGUGGGGUUAUAGGGGAGGUAUUUGAUGAGUCAAAGAGACGGAGCCGAGGUAGGAGUAGAAGGAAGGAGAUUUUUCGGCGAGGGUUGUCGCCGGAAAAUGUUGGUGAGUUGAAAUCGAGCUUGACUGUGGGAGAAAGCAAGGGUGUUGAAGAUUCGGGAUCGGUAUGCCUGGGUGGCUGAUGUAUGGAGAUUGUGGAUGUUUUCUUUUUAGAAUUUGUGUAUUGGUAGAGGUCUGUCAGUGUUGGGAGACCCUUUCGGGCUCUUUUUGUAACUACCAAAGGUGGUCUCGUGUUCCUAAAAGAAAUUAGGGAAGUAGGCUUGGUAGUAAAGAUGGUUUUAGCCUCACAUGCUUGAAGUAUAUUUUAUUUUUAUUAUUUUGUUUCCGUUUGAAAAA